UCACUGCUUACGUACUUCCUCAGCAGUCCGUUAGCUGCUAGCUGCUGACUAGCCUGCGCUGCUCCACUGCUGUGACCGGAGUCCAUGAGCUGCGGUCCUCAGACACGAUGAGCGGCCAGACGAGCACGAUCAUCGCGGGGAUGUGCGGAGCCCUGUUCAUCGCCUACUGUGUUUAUUUCGACAGGAAGCGACGGAGCGAUCCGCUCUUCAAGCAGAAGCUGCGGGAACGUAGACGGAAGCAGAAUGUCUCUGGAGCAGCGUCUGGACUGUCGAAGCUUCCUGACCUGAAGGACGCAGAGGCUGUUCAGAAGUUCUUCCUGGAGGAGAUCCAGGUCGGAGAGGAGCUGCUGUCACAAGGUGAAUUUGAGAGAGGUGUGGACCAUCUGACCAAUGCGAUCGCAGUAUGUGGUCAGCCUCAGCAACUGCUCCAGGUACUUCAGCAGACGUUGCCUCCCCCGGUCUUCCAAAUGCUGCUCACCAAACUGCCCAGCAUCAGCCAGCGAAUCAUCAGCUCCCAGCCUUUAACAGAAGAUGACGUUGAGUGAAUGUAUAAAAGUACUGUUAUUAUGCUGUAAAGGAAUAUCAGUGUGACUGUGGAUGUGUGCGAGUUUUGUGAGUGAGCAUGAUUAUCACACAGUUUGAUCUUUGGACCCCAGAUGACGAUUAACGCCCCUCUGUCAUAGCACUGCAAGGUUAGAGAACUAUGUCACGGUUAUGUUUCCUGGAAAUGUUAAUCACAUUCCAUCUUUCUGAACUUGUUCCCUCCAUGUUUUAUAACCUCAUCUUGAUUCUAUUUAUUUUCCUAAAACUUGUUUGAAUGGGUGGUUGCUGAUAUGUUGCGUACAAAGUAAGAAAAUAAACGAUUGUUGUGCAGUUGAUAGAGUGAAUUCUGUUGAUCUAAACUUCAGUCUGUUGAUUUCCUGUUCCAACAAAAUCUACUGAAUAGGACUUUUACUAUAAGAUAGCAUAGACAUCAUGUGACUGAAAUCACAUGAUUUCAUGGGGGGGGAUGUCACAGAAAGAGGCGGGGUAAAUGUCAAUCAGAAGGCCUCCCCUUGGAUUUAAAUGACAAGGUCAAUGGCAUUCAGGCAAGAUUAAUGUUAAGGAUAUACAUUUGUUACAAAUAAGAAAAUGUUUGUAGUUAUCAAAUUAUGUUUGUGAUGUAUUCAAGCAACGGAAUAUGUGAUUGAGAAUGAAUGUUUUUUAAGUUGUCCCACUUUAUCAAACAUGAUUGAUAUUGUGGGACAGGAUGCUUUGAGUAAUCUGGGACAGUUAAAGUUCUCUAAAUGUGGGAAAUAUGCCCUAAAGACUUCUGAAGUAGAACAGAAAAGAUAAAGCUAGAGAUGCAGCAUGUGAUCUGCAGUUGUCAGACAGGAGUUAAUGGUAAAUACAGUCUGGCCCUGGUCUGUUUAAACUUAUAACUAGCACAUCAUCGGUAGCUCUCCAGGACAGAGAUGAUCCUAAAAACACAGAGGAGUCUGUCCUGUACUCUGCAGCCAUUGGUCUCACCUGCAAAGACUGUUUGUUCCCUGAGGCGCCCUGAUAGAAUGGUGAAUUAAUGAAUAAACAAUCUGUUGCUGUUGACUGAA